CAAUUUCUAUUGUCUCUGAUCGAGACCCGAGCUUCACAUCUCGGUUUUGGCAAAGUUUACAUGAUGCCUUGGGAACUAAACUGCAUUUUACCUCAGCUUAUCAUCCUCAAACAGAUGGGCAGAGUGAACGAACCAUCCUUACCUUAGAGGAGUUACUUCGAUCAUGUGUAAUGCAAUGGGAGGAAUCAUGGAUUGACCAUUUGCCCUUAAUUGAGUUUGCUUACAACAACCAGUACCAUAGUAGCUUGGGUGUUCCACCAUAUGAAGCACUUUAUGGGAGGAAGUGUAGAACACUAUUAUGUUGGGAUGUAGAAGGAGCAAGGCAAAUCUCAGGGCCAGAGAUAGUUCAGAUCACAGUUGACAAGGUCAAGGAAAUCAGGGAGCGUUUAAGGGUGGCUCAAGAUCGACAGAAAGUUUAUGUUGACACGAGUAGGCGUGAAGUUAAUUUCGAUGUGGGUGAGAAAGUAUUUCUCAAAGUGUCACCAUGGAAAGGGGUUAUGACAUUUGGUAAGAAAGGAAAGCUUGCACCUCGAUAUAUUGGGCCAUAUGAAAUCACAGAGAAUAUUGGACCAGUGGCUUAUAAGUUAGCAUUGCCUCCAGAACUAUCCCAAAUCCACAAUGUAUUUCAUGUUAGUAUGCUGAAGAGGUACAAAGUGGAUCCUUCCCAUGUUAUACAACCAGAAGAGAUCGAGUUGGGUCCAGAUUUAACUUUUGAGGAGGUUCCAAUUGAGAUUGUUGAUUUUCAGAUUAAGACUCUUCGCAGGAAAGAAAUUCCAAUGUUGAAAGUGGUGUUGAGAAAUCAAGAUAGUGAGAGUGCUACAUGGGAGACUGAAGCAAGUAUGCGAGAGAAGUACCCUGAGUUAGUAGCAACCUACUUUGCAGGUUAACAAUCUUGCCUAAUAAGUUAUGUUUUCAGCU